AAUCCCCGCCCAACUGGCUGGCUGCGUGACACCAAAACUAGCGCUCCUUCUGUAGGUCACGUGACAUGGGAAAAAUUGGAGAAAGAGGGCUGCUAGAUGGACACCGCUAUGAGGACUUGUUCCAGAACAAACAUCAAGACUCCACGGGAUGUUAUUGAAAAUUGCCUGAAAAGAUGAAAUACGAGAUGUGGACGCUUGGAAUUAAAUGAGCAGGCGGAAUGGAUGCAGGAGACGACGUACACAUGAAAUAAUCAUCCGGCGAGUGAGAGAAAGAGGAGUGACGAUGAAAUUGAACGAACGCAGCGUGGCCCACUACGCCACGUGCGACUCGCCGCCCGACAAGACGGGCUUCCUGUUCAAGAAGGGCGAGCGCAACACGGCGUAUCACCGCCGGUGGUUCGUCCUCAAGGGCAACAUGCUCUUCUACUUUGAGGAGCGUGACAGCCGCGAGCCCAUCGGCGUCAUCAUCCUGGAGGGCUGCACCGUGGAGCUCUGCGAGUCAGCCGAGGAGUUCGCCUUUGCCGUCAAGUUUGACUGCGCCCGGGCUCGCGUGUACAAGAUGGCGGCCGAUAGCCAGGCAGCUAUGGAGUCGUGGGUCAAAGCGUUGUCGCGGGCCAGUUUCGACUACAUGAGGCUGGUGGUCAAGGAGCUGGAGAGGCAACUGGAGGAGAUCCAAGAGGCGACUGGCGGAGGCCCGCAGGGCAGGCCCAGGGUGUCCAAGCGAAUGUCCAAAUCCAGAUCGUCCUCGUCGUCCUCGUCCUUGUCGACGUCGUCCUCCAGCUCUGGACAAAAGAACCAUCAGGACGAGGUCCAGCUCUUGUCCGCAGGUCCUAAGGAGAACGGGGUCACCUGGAGCAAACCGCGCCCCGGCUUGGCUAAUGGUUCCUCUGAGGGGGUGUCCUCCUGUGUGGCCUGGGAGGGCGGGGCCAACGGGGCCAAGGCUCCCCCGGUGCCUCCCAGAAGAAGAGGAGCGUCUCUGGAGAGCCCCUUCUCCCCCGGCACCGGAUGCUUUUCCAAGCUCCACGACUGGGUCAAGGCGAACAUUGGAGAGCAUCCCCAAGGACUUGCUGCUAAAAGCAGGUUACACCCUGGAAUGUUUGAAAUGAUCAUCACAAGCCACUUUUAAUAGACUGUUUGUAAAUGGGUUUUCCCCCCAUUUUGCCCAAAAAUGGAGGGGUGAAGGUGACCCCUAAGGCACAGACACAAAAUGAUUUAAAGUCAACUUAGCAUUUUUCACCUUUUGGAGGUGGUAACCAGUUUCACACCAACUGUGCAUUUUUCCUGCCUUUUCAUGUUGCUGUUCUGGAAAAGGAGACAAAGACAAUCUAGUCCCCCCCCCCUCAGCUUUGGAUGUAGCAGAAGGCAUUUUUGCCUUUUCCAAAAUUUGGUAUAAAUGUUGUCACGACAGAACGGAGAUAGAAAGUCGACCCACUUUUGACAGUCGUAGCCAGUUUUACACCAACUGGAAAAGCAUUUCUCCAGCUUUUUUGUGUCACUGUUCUAUAGAAACAGUGGAGGCGACAGGGCAAAUUUCUGCUUUUGUAGGUCAAAGCCACUUUUAUACGCGGGGCUGUAAAAAGCGUUAUUUUCCUGAAUUGGUUGUGGUGCUGUUGUAUAGAAACAGUGCCUGUAAUGAAGUUUGCAAUCCUGGGACCACGGUGUUGAAGUUUAACACCUGACAUUCAUUCCCACGCUUUUGCGCGGUCCAAUGACGUUUUUUUUUGUUUUGUUUUAAAGUAGCUUCGUGAAAUGGCUACAGCGUCAAAUUGGGUCAGCUAUGUGAACCACUAUAGUAUCAAUGGCGAAUACAUUAUUGCUUCACAACAAAUGCUUUGUUUUGACGAGGAUAUUUGUGAUUGUCCAUUCUGUCGGGUAAAGGAAAAAAGCAACUGCCCUGUUGUACGAUUGGGGAUAAAGCUAGCAAAAAAUCAUAGAAAUACUGUAUUACAUUUGUCUUCACUUUUCCUUGAUGACAGUUGUCAAUGGAAUAUUGGCAACAGAGUAGCUAAAACGUAUUGACACUUUCUUUUUGCUCAAAUGUGAUUUAGUGCCUAUAUCUGAUUUAAUGUGCAUAUAUAUAUAUAUAUAUCUUUUUUUUUUAAAGCGACUCAGAAACGAUGACAAGCUGCUGGAGGAACCUAAGUGAAAUAGGGAAGUCCACAACUACACUACUCAUUGCAUUCCAUUUUAGUUUGGCCUUGACCUACUCUUUCCAUUCAUACGUUUCCAUUACCGUAUUUUCCACACUAAAAGGCGUACUGGAUUCUGAGCCGCACCUUCAAUGAAUGGCUUAUUUUGUCAUUGUUUUCAUAUAUUGGACGCACUGCAUUGUAAGACGCAAUCUACAAUGCAUCCACUAGAUGGAGCAACGCUCAAGGAAAUGCCAACAGAACACUACACUACACUACAACUUGAUUUAUAUAGCGACGAUCAAAUGUCAGUAAGACUUAUUUAAUAAGGCAGCGACACAGUUCACUUAACCAACAGCAAGUCAUAACACUGACUCGUUAACAUUGAACUCUCUUGCCGCUGCUUAAGGCGACACCGAUCGCCUUAAGUUUGAACUCUGCUUUGUAAGCAUGUCUCUAGCAAGGAGCCAUUUUGGGGUUGACAUAUUACCGUAAUGACCGUACCAAAGGUGCAUCGGAUUUUAAGGCGCGCUUUGAGCUUUUAAGAAAAUGGAAGGCUUUUAGUGCGGAAAAUACAGUACUCGAUACAUUGUCGUUUCUAUUUAUUGGUCUAUGCACUCUAGUUUUGAUGUAUGGCGGCGGGUGAGUUGUUCAGGUAGACUUUCGGAUGCAUCAGAAGCUUUUCAUGCACACCUUCUACAGUAGUGCUCAUUCCCGAGAGUGGCUAGCUGGCCUGCCUCACAGUUUUCAGGUUCUGUGUUUACAUCUUCUCUGUGGCGUCCUCUGAAAUUUCAAAAACAUGCCUUUUAGGCUCAUUGAAGACUGUGAGAGAGUGAUUGUUUGUGUAUACUGUACAUGCCUUGCAAUUGGCUGUUGACCGGUUCAGGGUGUACUCCACAACUCUUGUUCCCUCACAGGUCUUUUCAGAGAACAUCUGACCUCAUGUUUCCUCUUCCAUGUUGGAAGUUUUUUGUUUUGUUUUUUUUAGCCAGUGCUCGGCAAAACGGGAUCAUCCUACGGUGACUCAUUUAGAAGGCCUCGACUUUGCUUUGUCACGUGUUAGUUUUUAACAACUAUGAUUAUUUCAGUCAAGCGUUAUCAGAGGACCACACUUUGUUUCUUUGUUUGCCUUUCUUUCAAUGAACAUGUUCCGACAGUGGCUGGGUGGCUUCAGUCCGCCUCAUUGCACAGCAUUAUCAUGAAUGUUACACACAUGGUACAAGAGGGAGUUCCCCCCUGCCCCCUACCCUCCCAAAAAAAAGACCUUUGCAUUAAUGUUAACUUUAUGCUAUGGUGGCAUGUCUUUUGAUUUAACCGUAUAAAUAAUAAUUGUA